UUGCCCUGUGUUUGAUCAAGUUGAUCGCGAGUACUGCGCACUGUCCCACUGGCGAGACGUGAGAAUGGCACCGAAAAGGGAGAAAAAUAUGGCCGCAGUAGUGCACGGUAUAGAGGACUUUCGGGUGGAAGAAAUACCAAUGCCAACACCGCUGGACAAUGAGGUGCUGCUGCGAAUGGAUUGCGUAGGGAUCUGUGGCUCCGAUGUGCACUACAUAUCGCACGGUGGAUUCGGUGAUUACAAGCUGAAGGAACCGCUCGUGCUAGGGCACGAGUCCUCCGGCGUAGUUACUGCCGUUGGGCGCCACGUUACGCACCUACAGGUAGGCGAUCGGGUAGCGAUUGAACCGGCCAUCGGUUGUCGCGCGUGUCGGCACUGUAAGGUGGGACGUUACAAUCUCUGCCCGAAAGGGAUCUACUGUGCAACGACGGGACAGGGCAAUCUGUGCAACUACUACACGCACCCGGCCGAUUGUUGCUUUAAAUUGCCACCGAACGUCACGAUGGAAGAGGGUGCCCUGCUGGAACCGCUUGCCGUUGCCGUCCAUUGCUGUCGACGGGCCGGUGUACGUCUUGGCAGUACGGUCCUCAUCCUUGGGGCCGGUCCCAUCGGAUUGGUGACGGUGCUAGUGGCGAAAGCGAUGGGUGCUGGUCGGAUCUGUUCCGUCGAUCUGAUGGAGAGUAAGCUGAAGCUGGCGAAGGAGCUAGGAGCCGAUGCGACGCUCGCUGUCAGUGGCCACGAUUCGGAGGAGGAGUUAGUAAGGCGCAUCCAUUUGCUGCUGCUUGGCGAGGCACCGGACAUUAGCAUCGAGUGUACGGGUGCGGAAGCGUGCGUUCGGCUGGGUAUAGCGGCCACCGUAGCGGGCGGUGUCAUGAUGUUGGUCGGAAUUGGUGCGAUCAAUCAACGUCUUCCGAUCACGACCGCGCUCGUCCGCGAAAUCGACAUACUGAGUUCGUUCCGGUACGCAAAUUGCUAUCCGGCGGCACUGGCCCUGGUAGCGAAUGGAACGAUCGAUGCCCGGAAGCUCAUCACCCAUCACUACGACCUGUCGGAGUCGGUCGAAGCGUUCAAAACAUCACGUUACGGGCUGGAUGGCGCCAUUAAGGUGAUGAUUCACUGUCAGCCUAGGAACGCAAAUAAUCCCGAGCGCAAGUUCUAGCCGUAGCCGUAGCUUUGUGGUUGUGGGUCUAAUGGUAGUUGUAGCGUGGAACAAUAAAGGGAAUCUGUUGCGGAUGCAACGUGACAAACCCAU